GAGAUCGGGCCCUCCCUCGCAGUGACGCAUACAGAAACGACCAAGGAAAUCCCCAAGUGAGAGUUACGACAGACUCUCAGCGCCGUAGAUAGUGGGCAACUUCCUACUCGCGCUGAACGAAGCCAAAUACGUGUGAACCGUGUCCACGCUCCGGACAAAUACAAGGUGUUGUAAACACUAAUUUUGGAACCUGUUUAGGUGGAUUGACAAACAUUUUGUCGGCGUCGCGGAAGUACACAGACAACCGACUUGCGGCCGUUUUUUAUGAAUAGACCUACCGAAGUACAGCAGCAGGAGGACAUGUACGGCAUGGCAGAAAUGCCCGAUCUCAUACCACCGGCAGGUGCAUUACAACCCAGUCCAGUAAUCCCGUACGACCACGGACAGGCAGGGAGGAACAGACCAGACCUCCUGUCCGCCCCACGAAGAAUGCAGCGAGCCCCCAAACUCGGACAGAUCGGGCGGUCUACGAGAGUGGUUAUUGAUGAUGAGGACUUGGAUGAUAUUAUAAACAAUAACAGAGGCUUCCCGGUUUCUCAGAGAGUAUCACCUGUUGCCUGAUGCAUGGUUGACUGUGCCAAAGAGGCCAACACACCAAAGCAGGCCUACAGAAUUGAACUAAAAUCUCCCUCUCACACGUUCUCACUUGACAUCACCUUUCACUGUACAGCUUUUAAAGCUUUCACCAUUUCAAGGUCAAACAAGAGAACUAUGGACUUUGCUUCCUGUUCACUUUAUGCUUGCUCAUCACUUAACUGAUGUCGUGCUUCUGUAGCACUGAAUGGUCCUGUCUGGUUUUCUCAGUUUUUUGAUGUUUCUUUCUUGAUAUGAAGAUCUUGAUGAUCUUUAAUGCAACAGGGCUAUAUUUAUUAAAUUUGCACUUUACUUCAGAAUAAGAAAGCUAACCUCAGCAGGUUGGAUUACUCAUCUCCCAAAGAGGACAUUUUGCUGUCAAACUCAGUUAACCUGUAACGCGCCAUUUGGUGGUUACCUUGACAUUUCUCGGAAUGACACUGGUUACUUGUUAAUUGUAAGGAUCUUUUAUUUAGUCACUGUUUGAAUUUAAAUAAGUACAAUCUUGAACGCAUGCUGAGAUGAACAAUCAAAUCUUCUAAACUGAUCUCAGAUGUAGGUUGAAGUACGUUGCUCAUAAAAAUGCUUUUAACUUCUAAAUGUUUGCAUGGAAAUUAAUGGAUUUUUGUAAAUUGUUUUGGAAGAGUGCAGUGGGCUGGGAGUAAUAAAGUAUGCAUGAGUAACUUUA